CUUAACGCUGCAGAGAGUGCACGCUGGAGGGUAACCUUCGCUCUCUGGGUUUCUCUGCCCUCCCGCUCCGUCCUGGACUCUGUCUGCAGACGCGUGAGACGCUGAAGGUUUGGACGUGCCCGUGUGAAAGGAUCCUCCUCGGGGAGUCACUUCAUGCCUCCUAUUGUUUGCCUACCUGUCCUGAAUCCUGCCGGGCAGGUUUUGUCAUUUUUACUUUCGCAGAGUAAAGUGCUUUUCCUUUGUCGCUGAGCUUCUCAGCAUUUGAAAUGUUUAGUCCAGCAGUUUGAAAGCCUGAAGACACUGAGGGGAUCCUGGUAUCCAUGGAGUUCAGUCUGAGCGGCCUGUCUUCACUGAAAGACGAUGACAGUCCGCUCUACGUUCAGCCUCACUACAAAGAGUCUUACCGCCUGGCCAUCUACGCUCUGCUGUGUGGCGGCAAAGAGGCCUACGAGGAGUUCCUGCGAGCGGAGCAGAUCAGCCACUUCCUGUCAGAGGAGGAGAUCUUCUUCAUUUUGGAGAAUGCCGAGCUGCCCGUCGCCACCUCCACAGAGUUGGAUGGGAGUCACGUCUCCCAGGACCUUGGCCUCUCCACCUACUUCCCAACCGAAUCGGACGAAGAGGUUCCCGACCUUGACCUGGGCUGGCCGGAAGUCACGCUGGACACCACAGAGACGAGCAUCAGCCUGCUGUUCCACCCGCCCAGAGAAAACACGCCGAGCAUCAAAGAGGUGGUGCGGAAGCAGAUUCAGGAGGCCAAGGAGGUUAUAGCCAUAGCCAUGGAUGUCUUCACUGAUGUGGACAUUUUUAAAGAGAUCAUCAGCGCGACACUCAGAGGCGUCAUCGUCUACAUUCUUUUGGACGAGUCCCACGCCAGGAGCUUCUUCACCAUGUCGCAGCGAGUUGGCCUCAGCAUCCAAGACUUCAAGAACAUUCGGGUUCGGACCGUUCAGGGACAACAGUACCACUGUCAGUCCGGAGUCAAGUUCCAUGGGGGUUUGGAGCAGAAGUUCAUCCUGGUGGACUGUCAGACUGUUUUAUACGGAACAUACAGCUACACGUGGUCAUUCGAGAAGAUCAACCUGAGCAUGGUCCUAGUGGUCACGGGACAGCUGGUCUGCUCCUACGAUGAGGAGUUUCGGCGACUCUAUGCUCGCUCUGCCGUUCCUACAGCUCUGUCCAGAGAGAAACUGUCUGUCCAGUAUCCCAGAGACAUCAUGGCCCUGCACAGUCCAAGCUCCAGCCAGUUUUCCCUCCAUCAAAUUCACAUGAAAUCCAGACUGAUGCACGGUUUGAGGAGCAUCCAGGACGACAAGUACAACAACAUAACACGAGGCCUGAGCGUCCAGGACAGGCUGCACCAGUCUCACUGUCCCGACCUGGGCAACCUGGUCAGGGGACACAGUUACGGUGCAGACUUGCAGAAAAUGAGCUCCAUGACUCGGCUGAAAAUGGGGACAAAGGACCUUGGUGUCCCCAUUCCUCCAGAGAGGACGGGGACUAACUUGAGAAGUGGUGGUAACUCAGUGCUACCAAACAGGGCAUCUCAGCAGCACCUGAAGCAUCGAUCCCGUUACGGUGCAGACCAGCACCUGAUCCCGUUCAACUCAGAGACGUCCCUCCAUAAGUGGAAAAUCGACACGUACCUUAAUGGCGGUGAUGCACAGCUGGAUGUGCCAGGUGACUGUGCGUCUCCUCUGAUGUCCCCAUACAGCAGUCACACGGGCUUAAAUGAGAAUCAGUCACAGAUGAUCCACAGUCGCUCGAGGGACAUUAAGUCCAGGUUGGAGGAAAUGAGACAAAAGAGACUCAGUCUGCAGGAAUACGCUAAUCUCAGAAAGAGCCAAGAGUCCUUGAGGUCUAUGUUUCCGACUCUAGAAAAACCAAAAACGGUGGCUUUUUUACGUGGUCUGGAAAUAAAGCAAAGUGACAAAGAUUCAGAACCAAAAGCACAAUACGAGGAUGACCACAACAACAAAGACCUUCUGAAGAACGAAGCCGUCACGAGAGAAGUUCUCAGUGAUGGUCAUAGGUCGACUUCUCACUACGCAAUCCAAAUGGUCCAAGAGCAAAAGACAACACCAAAAUAUGAAUGGUAUGAGCCUCUUUCUAGAACAACCUCAGCUGCUGAACUAGACAAGAAACUAAGUGAACCGUCGCUCUCGUACCUGCAGCCCAGCGGUCUCAGCAUCCAGCAGUCCAGAGUGAUGGAGUCUUUAACUGAGCUCCCCGAAGAGAAAGACAGUUCAAAUACACGAGUGAACAUUCCAAAUUCAGCACUCAUGGACGGGCACGAGGGUUUGUCCAAAGACGAGAAAGCUGCUGCUAACGAGAACCCAGUGAAAUCAAGUCUACAUGUAGGAAGCUGGGGUCAGAACGGAGCCAGAGGAGGCCAAGAUCCUGUCGGUAAAACGGUCAAAAGUUCAGGCCUGGCUGCCAAAUUAGACAGAAAGCAAACAUCUGGGGAGGAACAAACUGCUCCAAAUAUCUUAAACAACUCUGCAGAACCUGAGCAGACAGUGGAAGGUCACAGUAAGUUCACAGAAAAACAGCGAGAGGAACAAGCACUUCAGAGGAAGAACUCCAUGAGACUGAAAGUCUACUCGAUGCUUACUCCAGAUGAACGCAAGAGUUCCAAAAAGGAGGACAAAUCUCCCCAAAGAAAGCCCUCACUGAGAUCAAAAAGUCCAUCAGGCUCAACCCAGCUGCUCAGGGUGGACAAUUCCCAGACUUCUGGGAAAUCAUCAACGCUGCAGCUACCGACUAAAAAAGGCCAAAGGUCAAGUCUUUCCAAGUCGUACAAUGAUGUCAGCGGUCAAACUGAAUUAGAGAAGCAUAAAUCCCCAUUUGCAAUAAAACUGUCUCCUCAGCACUCAAACAAAAGAAAGGCCAACGCUGCCACGGAGCAGGACAAAGGGUCAAGGAGCACGCUGGAUGAAGACGGGGCGACGCUCAGCGAAGCCACCAGAGAAAAAGCCUACAGCCAAUUCGACUACUUUCUUAGCUCUGAAAAUCUUUCUCUGGAUAGAUCCGUGAGGAUGAGUCCUUCAGACAAUGACAGGAACUCCUUCAUGAAUAGUUUCAGGAACGAUUCUGGAACUAACCAGGGCAAUUCAGUGUAUCAGACACAUGGUGGCGCUGACAACCGAUUGGGACGAUUCAUACAGCGAUUCGGAAACCUCAUCAGCAAGAACAAGUGACGAAAGCUUGGAUACAGAGAUCCACGUUCACCUGACGCCUUUACACCUCGGUGACUCUGCACAGCCGCAUGGUUUCCAUGGCGUUGGCACAACGAUGCUUUUGACAUUUUGUUGCUGUGUGAAUGCAGACGGAACCUGUCAAUGUGACACUCACAUGCAGAAUGAGGUUUUACAUGUCAGCAGAAAAGUUACUGUGUGCAAAACUUGUUCUGAGCACAGAAAAAGAAAUCUCAUUUCCUAGAAAAACUCUGAAGUGGAUUAAUAGGUUACAUUCUGUCUGUUAGCAGGAUGAUCCAAAAGCAAAUAAUUAAGAGUACACAUGUACCGUAUGCACUGUUAUUGUUGUUACACCCUAAACCUGAGCACCUUGUAGCUCUAAAAGUACUGAAGGGAUUUGCUUGCAGCUGGUUCCAAAAAAAGAGGUACUCGAGCAAAACAAAAACAAAAUGUACUGGAGCCAAAAUCAAUCCAUCACUCCUUCAUUCCAAAAUCCUGCGUCGAAAUCUGUUAUUUUUUUCUUCUUCUUCUUUAUGACUCUUCUGUAUAAAGGUUUGUGCACAAUACCAUAAAAUCAUGACAUCAGUUUUCGCUAAACCCCUCAUCCACAUCAUGACACCUAGGCAGCGGAUCAAGCAGGAGAUUUCCUGUUAGAGGGAAACAUGGUGGGGAUCUUGUCUGUCCCGUGACUGAUAGGAUAACCUUGAAGGCCCAACAGGAGCCUUGAACAUGAGACUGCUAACAGGGCCCUGGUGAAACCAGAAGUCCUCAACGGUAGACCAGGUGGAGGAGAUGAUGGCUUGUAACCCAGCGGCUGUGAAGAGGGAUGAAUGUUGCAGCAGAUCCUCAGACCCCGGUCGUCUGGGAUUUCCCAGCCAUCAGACCAGACUAAGGACCAGGUUAAGGACCAUGUGUUUGUCAGUGUGAACUGAUAUUCCCACAUUAAACAAACCCAGCCACAGGAGUCUCUUGAUUUACCCUGGAUGUAGAAAUCCCAUCCAGGAAUCGAUCAAGAGACAAUCUUCCUCGCCACUGUGGGAUUGCCAAGAUGUGGAAACUUUGUAAACAUAUACACCUACUGAAGAUGUAGAACUUUCAGGUUGUACCUUUAGCAUUUUAGACACUGUGUACUCUCUCCUUAAGUACUGGUCC